AUGGCGAUACGCGAGGAAAUCGUGGCGUCAGCAGUAACAGUCCUGCAAGACCCCAGCGUCGCAGCGUCGUCCAUCGAAAACAAGAUAUCCUUCCUUCGAACCAAGAACCUGACACAAGAGGAGAUUGAUGCCGCUCUCGCCAGAGCCGGAGGCAGCGGCGCGGUAGCUCCUAGGGCACCCUACGCGGCCGCGCCUCCAGGUCCUCCUCAGGGCCCCCCUCAGCAGUACUACCAGCCUUACCCCCAAUACGCAUGGCAGCCGCCUGCCGCGACCCCCAAGAGAGACUGGAGAGACUGGUUCAUCAUGGCAACCGUGGUGGGAGGAGUCAGCUAUGGUCUGUUCUCAUUGGGCAAGCGAUAUGUGUACCCCCUGGUAGCGCCGCCUACCCCUGAACGGCUGGAGCAGGACAAGAAGUCGAUCGAAGAGCAGUUUGACAAGGCCUUUGCUCUGGUCGAGCAGCUGUCCAAGGACACGGAGGCGCUGAAGGAUGCCGAGAAGCAGCGGACAGAACGGCUGGACGUGACGCUGGCGGACCUGGAGACGAUCAUGGCGGAGCUAAAGACGGCCAACAAGCGCCGCGAGGACGACGCGCAGCGCAUUCGCGACGAAGUGCAGGGCCUCAAGGAUGCCAUCCCGAGGGCCAUGAACAACCAGAAGGAGAUUACCGACAACCGCCUUGCCGAAAUCAACACGGAACUGACGAGCCUCAAGACGCUCGUGUCACAGAGGAUGAACGCCGCGUCCAAUCCCACCGCUUCGAGCGGCUACUUCCGGGGCGCCAACGGCAUCAACGGCAUCAACGGGACGAAUGGUGCCAACAGCGGCACCAGCGGAACGGCGUCGCCGCCCACAGCAGCAGCCGCUCAGUCGCCCAAUGAGAGCGCGACGGAGACGAGCACCACGCCAAAGCCCGACGUCGCCAAGGGUCCGUCCAGGAGCAGUUUUGGCAGACCGUCUGGCUCCGGCAAGGCGUCGAUCCCAGCAUGGCAGAUGGCCAUGGCUAACCAGACUGCCGGAGCAGCUGCCUCGUCAGCGGCGUCGUCGUCGUCGUCGGGCAAGGAGGCUGAAAAGGCACCGGCCGAGGCGGCUGCGGGCAGCUCGUAG